UUGCGUUUGAAUUUGGCGCCCUGUCUGUCAAACGGUCCCGCCCCGCCAUUGGCUGUCUACGCCAUUUUGACAUUUCCCAGUUAAAACACAACACACGAACGAAAGUCGUUAUUUUUGGGUUAGAAAGCCGGUUUUCGCACGAAAUGUCCGAAAUUAUCGACACCGAGGCGAAAGAUCGCACUCUGAGCGAGAGUUCCGACACCGAGCUGGACCCCCAGUUUAAGCCCAUUGUGAGUUUGCCGGAGGUCGAAGUUCGCACGAACGAGGAGAAUGAGACGGUGUUGCUGAAAAUGCGGGCUAAACUGUACCGGUUUGAUAAGUCCAGUAAGCCCCCCGAGUGGAAGGAGAGGGGCACAGGGGAAUUAAAAAUUUUGCAACUUGACAAUUCGGUGCGAAUAGUGAUGAGGCGUGAUAAGACUUUGAAGGUUUGUGCCAAUCAUUUUAUCAGGCCGUGGAUGAGUCUGGAGCCCUGUAAGGGGACAGAAAAGGCGUUUGUUUACACGGUGGUGGCGGAUUUUGCCGACGAGGAGGCCAAGAAGGAGUGCUUCGCUAUCAAAUUUGGAAGUGUUGAUAAUGCGAAUUGCUUCAAAAGCAAGUUCGAGGAGGCGAAGAAGAUAACGCAGAAGAGCGAAGAUAGCGAAGUCAUAUGCCCCAAGUCCACUAGUGCCAACACUGAGGAAGUGACCACGAAACUAGACAAGUUGGAGGUUAGUGGGAAGGAAGAGUCGAACUAAGCUGUAAGGUAUUUUUGUAUUAACUCGAUUAUUUUGCACCAGAAUAAAGCUAUUUUAAUAGAAA